AUGACGGCGUUCGGGGCCUUCCUGCACAAAGGCUCCUUCUGCCGCAACUGGUUCAACCUCCUGGACCUGCUGGUGGUGGGCGUCUCCCUCAUCUCCUUCGGCAUCCACUCCAGCGCCAUCUCGGUGGUGAAGAUCCUGCGGGUGCUGCGCGUCCUGCGGCCCCUGCGAGCCAUCAACCGCGCCAAGGGGCUCAAGCACGUGGUGCAGUGCGUCUUCGUGGCCAUCCGCACCAUCGGCAACAUCAUGAUCGUCACCACGCUGCUGCAGUUCAUGUUCGCCUGCAUCGGGGUGCAGCUCUUCAAGGGCAAGUUCUACAGCUGCACCGACGAGGCCAAGCACAUGCCUGAGGAGUGCAAGGGCACCUUCGGGGUGCACAAGGACGAUGACGUCCCUUGUGUGUCCCCCUUGGUGUCACCGUGUGUGUCACCCCCCAGGGGCACCUUCCUGGUGUCCAAGGAUGGUGACGUCCCGGGCACCUUCCUGGUACACAAGGAUGGUGACAUCCCACGUGUCCCCCCCCAUGGUGUCACCGUGUGUGUCACCCCCCCCUCCAGGGGCACCUUCCUGGUGUCCAAGAUGAGGGAUGUCCCAUAUAUGUCCCCCCAUGGUGACACCGUGUGUGUCACCCCCCAGGGGCACCUUCCUGGUGUCCAAGGACGGGGCACCUUCCUGGUGUACAAGGACGGUGACGUCUCCCACCCCUCCGUGCGCGAGCGCGUGUGGCGCAACAGCGACUUCAACUUCGACAACGUCCUGGCGGGGAUGAUGGCGCUUUUCACCGUCUCCACCUUCGAGGGGUGGCCCGCGUUGUUGUACAAGGCCAUCGACGCCAACGCCGAGGACCAGGGGCCCAUCUACAACUACCGGGUGGAGAUCUCCAUCUUCUUCAUCGUCUACAUCAUCGUCAUCGCCUUCUUCAUGAUGAACAUCUUCGUCGGCUUCGUCAUCAUCACCUUCCGGGCGCAGGGCGAGAGCGAGUACCGCAACUGCGAGCUGGACAAGAACCAGCGGCAGUGCGUGGAGUACGCCUUGAAGGCGCAGCCGUUGCGGAGGUACAUCCCCAAAAACCGCAGCCAGCACCGCGUCUGGGCCAUGGUCAACUCCACCGCCUUCGAGUACAUCAUGUUCGUCCUCAUCCUCCUCAACACCAUCGCGCUGGCCGUGCAGCACUACGAGCAGUCCAAGCCCUUCAACUACGUCAUGGAUCUCCUCAACAUGGUGUUCACCGGGCUCUUCACCGUCGAGAUGGUGCUGAAGAUCAUCGCCUUCAAACCGCGGCACUACUUCUGCGACGCCUGGAACACCUUCGACGCCCUCAUCGUGGUGGGCAGCGUGGUGGACAUCGCCGUCACCGAGGUCAAC